GUGACAAUCACUAUUUGAAUCCCCAACAACAAAUUGUAAAUAAAUAAGACUAUCAUGUGUAUUUUUAUGUAAAAUCUCAACCUGUAAUGUGACUGCUAAUUAUAGCCUGUCUAGGGCCUUGUAAAUUGUAUAGCUUAAUAUUUCCCUCUGAGAGGCAUAAUAUGGAAAUAGUCCAGUACAAUACCUCAAAAUUGUACAUAGUGACUUUUUGAAUGAGUGGAAUAGAAAUGAGAACCUGAUAGUUUGUCUAUAGCCUGGCAUUCAUAGCUGUUAUGUGAGCUGUGUAUAGCAGCUUUUUGUCUCUGAAAAUGUGAUUUCUUUAAGCACUUCUGUGUUUGAACUGAGGUGCUUCACAUGCACUCAGACUGCAGUUACACAGCCCAUGGGCCCCUGAGAAACACAGAUAGAACAUCAGUGGAUAAUAGGAAUCACAGUUGUAGUUUGGUCAAAUCAAAUAAGAUACAGUAACUGUAAAUGCUCUAGCAUCCUGAUGGAAUCUUCUGCACUUUGCUGUUUUUGUUCCCAGUUCUUAAUGUAAUACAAUGGUAACAGCUUUGUGAUUGACAGUCAGUGUGCUCAUUUAAAAGGAAGGUUUGAUCUUCUGGGACAUAUUCCCAUAUUCACAUUCCUGCCAAGAGUCCAAUGAGAAGCUCAGUACCACUCAUAUCGGUGCACUAAACAUGAAGCUACACCCAGCAUGCAGUUAGCAUAGACUGGAAAGAAGGGGAAACUGUUAGCCUGGCUCUGUCCGAAGAUAAAAACAUUCACCUUGUUAAUUAGCAGGUUAUAGUUCAUGUUUAAUCAAUACAGACCUGAAGAGUAACAGUGAUAACUUGCAGUUUUUCAGUGGUUGUGUGUUGAAACUCCAUGAAGUCACCUUUUUCAGACAGAAAAUAGGCCUAGCUGGCAAAGAACCCAAGUGAAACUGCGGUAUAUUGUUUGAUUGCUUUGUACAGAUUUAACAAACCAGAUACUGUAUGUGUUAAUUUGUGAUCUUUAGAUGUGCUAAGAUAACUGGCUGUUAGCUGUAGCUUCAUAUUUAACUACAAAAAUAAGAGUUGUAUCCAUCUUGUCCUCUGACUUUUGCAAAGAAAGCAAAUAAGCAAAUACAUAAUAGGUGAUUUCUUCUCAUUGAAACCUUUAGGAGUUCAGCUACAGAAUAUAAACCCCCUGGGACAGUGCAGACCUCAGCAGAGAGUCCAGCUAGAUGACAGAUUAUUUUCCAUUGUCUUGUUGCCGUGGUAACUUGCUGAGUUUCACUGGAAAACGCACCCUUGCCCAGCAAGUUUAACCUCUUCUACUUAAUCACUUCCCAUGCUUGCUGCUCUAAUAUUGACUGGGCUGUCUGAGAGAGAAACAGCAGUAUUUCUUUUCUUUCAGCUCUGGCUUAAAGAACUGGACAUGGAAGCCAGAAAUCUGAAUUUAAACCGGUGACAGCAGGUUUAUUGCCAAGGACCGCAAAUGUACAUAGACAAUGAUUGUGCAACUGAGUUAGUGAAGCCUGUGAAUAUUUGUACUAUCAUUUUAUAGCAAAAUGUGAUUUCCACCCAAGUUACAUAUUUCCAGUUUUGCAAUUGGACAUGUCCGAACAUGUCCAUGAAAUCAAUCUGCUCUUACACUCAGAUAUUCCUCUGGUUCCUAGCCUUUGGGAGGAGAUGUUUAAAAUUUUUCCAGAUUCACUGGGCUGAAAAGGCACAAGAAAGUAAUUCCUUCAAAUGAGUAAUAAGCUAACAUUACUGAAUACUUGCUUUUUAAUCUUUUCUAUUGCUAUGUUAGGGCCACUGAAAACAAUCAUUUACUGUAACAGAGCUUAUUCACAGACAAAAUAAACAUCUGACAAAACAGUCUUAGCUUAAAGUCCAGUUAAUAGCUUUUCCUGGACCUUUCAACCAUGUCACAUAUCUGUCUUCUUCUGCAGCUUGACAUGAAAACUAAUCUGCAUAUUGAGGGUUAGAUGAGAAGACCGAUACCAGCUCAUGUUUGUAGGAGCUGUAGCCAGUAGCUAGUCAACUUACCUGACACCAUCCAAAGCUAACAAUAUCAACACCUCUAAAGACCACUGUUUAACACCUUUUAACCUGUUUGAUCAAUCAGUACAAAAAAAUAAAGACUCUACUCGACAAAGAAGUAGCCUACCAUAUAUUCCUUAAUAUGAUUAUAAUGUGUUUAUUUGCAAAUUGUAGAGGUGGCAGAUUUUGUUACUUUUGUCCUGCAUUUACAGUAUUUAUGCUAAGCUAACAUGAGUAGCUGCUGGCUCUAGCUUCGUGUUUAAUGCACAACUACGAGGGCAGUACUGAUUUUCUCUUGCAACCUCUGGCAACAACAUGGAUAAGUAUAUUUCCCAGAAACGAUUCCAUAUAGGAUAAAAGUUGCUCAUUGAUUUAAAAAUAGCAGAGACAACAUGCUGGCUAAGUAAAGAGAUGCAGUGGCACAUAACUUAGUUUUUUCCACACUAGUUGACUUGAAGCCAGCCUGUAUCCUCCAUGUUGUCCUGAUAUUCCAACAAGCCAUACUGUGCUAACAGAAAUCUUUAAGAUACAUAACUGCUGUUCCUGUUUUGCCAAGAUGACCACUUAAAGUUUCAGUCAGUCUUUUGCUGGAAGUGUUUAUUUUAUACAAAUAACAUACACAUACAUACCAGUCCUCUGUCACUGCUGAAUUCUCUUUGGAUUGUUGACUCAUUGCUCACUGGGUGUGCCCAGCAGCCAGCGCUCAAGCUCAUUUGGCUGUUUCUCUUGCUUCUUAUCAGUUUUUGCUCUGUUAUAAGAGCAGCAAGCGAGAAGGCCACAACCCAGCAACACUGGGACAGAGCUUCAAGCUACAUCAGCAAAGAUGGCAAACGAGCUACAGAAGUUUGUAGCAGAGAAGAAGGAUUUAGUGGAGACCGUGAUGGAGGUUUUUGAACAGGGCGCUGAAGUAGUGGCCAGCAUCGCUGGUGACCUCUUCCCUAUUUUCUCCAUCGCUGCUCCAAUUGUUAAGCUGGCUCUGGACAAUGUGGAGAGCAAAGAGGCUGCAUACAUGAAGGAGCAGUUCCAGAAGGUGCGAGAGCGUCUGGAGGUGAUCUCCGAGGAGAUUCAGCGGAUCAACGAUGAGAUCAAGAAAAAUGGAAUAGAUGCUGUCUAUUUCCCAGCAGAAGAGAACAUCACUAAUCAGUUCAGGAAGUACAUGGACAUCCUCAAUGCAAAACCCAAGUUCAGGGAGGUCAAGAAAAAGCUUUUCCUGGAUCAUUUUGCCAAGACAGGUGGUGAUAAAAACCUUCACAUCCUCUACAAUGCUGUGACAGGAGACAACUUCUCAGGGGAGUCUGUGCUCGAAAUCACCCUGAACUACGAGGAGAAAAGCCGCCGGCCGAUGGAGGAGUUCUGUGCCAGGUUGAAGAAGCUCUUCUGCAUUGGGCUCAUUGCACUGUUGGGCCAUGCUGCGCUGAAGGGGUAUGAUGAGGACGAGGCACUGCUGAAAGACUGGAGUGAGAAGAUGAAGACUGUCCAGGAGAAAAUGAAUGCUGUGAUUGAAGACUGCAUCGUCAGCUUCCCCAAACAGGCCGAGCUGGAUUCUCAUCGACUGGUGAGAGACCAGUCACAUUUAACCAACCAGCAGUUAGCUGAUGCUAUCAUAGAGAAACUGAAGAAGAAGUAUGACUGGGUGGGCUGGUCCGUGCGUAUUUUCAGGGCCCCUUCAGGCUUGUUUGCCAACAAGAAGGAUUUCCACUGCUCAACAGGGAAGAGCCGCUUCCUGGUCUCUACAUCAGAUGAGAAACUUAACGUGUGGGUGUCCUACAGCUCCUCACCCGAGCCUGUGGAUAAGAAUCACAUCCAGCAGCUGAUCCAGAGUCAGAAGAAACUCACAGUGGUGAGUGUAGCAGAGCUUCUGUUUGAGAAGUUACCUGGUGCCUGCGUGGUUCACACGAUCAAAACCACCAAAGACCUGGCCUGCUCCUGGAGCUUCACCGAUGAGCUCCACUACUGGGAGGAUCACAAAAACUUCUACGUCUGCGUUCACUCCGCCUGAACUUUUAGACACUAAAAAGUCAAUUAAUGUUUGUAGGCUACUUCGUAUUUGCACAAAUAAUCACUCUAUUACUGGCUCUCUUCUUGGCCUUAAUAGUGAAAAAUUACACUGUAUGUGCCUUAAAUUCAAGUCUUUUGGAUGUGAAUUAUUCUCUUUUUCUAAAAAUGUUUGCUGGGAAUUUCUUGCAGACAGGAAGUGCAACCACUUUCUUUCACUCGUAGUAAUAAUCUUUGUGAUGCAGCUGUGCUUUUACCAAUAUCCAAACUGACAGUGUCUUAGAAAUUCUGGCAUAAACUCUACUGCUGCAUUUUCUACUGUUACAAAUGUUGGGACCAAGUGACUGUUUUGUUACAGUAGGAUGUGCUGGAGAAUGUGUUGAUUUAGAGAAUCCAGCUGUCACACAGAGAUUAUAUUUUGCUGGUAGCGAUAAGCAAGGACCUCGCCCUGUUGAGGACACAUAUACCGAGUCUACAAGAGAAAAUAGCUAGAGACAUUUACGGAGACCGUCAAAGAAGCCUUAAAGCUUUUGUUUUGAUUUCACUUCUUGUAUCAUCUGACAUGAAGUGUGAACCUUGUUACUGGCUGCUGAACAGCACGAACAAGGUACAAGGGUGAGACUUUAUUUACACACCCUGCCACAAACAUGUCGAGGUGUAGUGACGGCAUCACUUUGUUUACAUACACAUGCCUGGCAUAGCUCUUCUGUGUCGUGUUUUAGUGUGUGUUCUGCACAACACAAAAUGGAAACUUAGAGCAAAACCCUCAACUUCAUUAACUUUGUACAUUUCUAGAGGCUUUAGUUUUAUAUAGGAAUAAACAGCUUGUUGGAUUUUGGACAGGGGAUUUGGGAUCGCUUCCAAAUUUGUGUAACCUGACACUGACAUUGCACUGUGAGAACAAAAUAUGUUGUGUACACACCUUUGUGUGCUUCUUCACACCUUGUAUACCUGUCUGGUUUGUUUCAAGUAUUUUGUGUGUUCUCCUCUGCAAUCUGUACAUUUCUUCUUUGGUUGUGUGUUGUUUAUAUGUUAUCACCUAAUUGCAAUUAAUUUCUUUGAACAUUUUAUUAUCUGGCAAAACAAGCUAUUGAGGGAGCGUGUUUAGGUUGCUCUUUUGUUUUAUAUGAUUUGUGUUUCCACAUAGUACAUUUGGAUUGUCUGUGUCUCAGAUUCCAAAUCUUUUGGGCACGCCAAAGCAAAGAAUGUAA